GCAUAUUGUAUGCUUCCGCUGAUGAUUUUUUGAAAGUAUGUUUUAGUUGCGACUAAAUAUUAGGAUAUUCAUGAUCGUUUAGUCUAAGCAAAGUUAUUGCCAUGACGCUUUCGUUCCUUGAAACACGUUUACUCAAAGCGGUCGAGUCUAACAGCCUGUGUUUGGCGAAGAUCUUACUCAAACUAGGUACCAAUGUCAACAUCCGGGAUGAACAGGGCAAUACAUUGGUAGACCUGUCUAUUAGAGAUGGUUACAUUCAAAUGCUGAAAAUCUUAAUCUCGGCAGGCGCCUGUAUUGGGCCCUACGAACAAGGAGAGUCUCUGCUGGAGCACGCUGCGGCCGCCGGGCAGGCUAACGUUGUCGCUGCUUUCAUUGACCUUCGGGCAGACUUGGAGAUCAAGGACAAUGAGGGCAAGUCUCUCAUAAGCGUUGCGGCAUCUAACGGCCAUAACGAGGUAGUCGAACAGCUUAUUAAAGCUGGCGUUGAUAUUGAAAGUGAGAAUAUGUUUUCCGACACUGCCUUGCAUCUCGCCCCAUUUGGUGGUCACGUGGAUGUUGUCAAGACUCUCAUCGGCGCAGGUGCAAAUUUGGAACACAAGAACAACAUGGAGUAUACGCCAUUAAUACACGCCGCCCAGUGGCGACAAUUGGAAGUAGUCAAGGUAUUACUCGAGGCAGGUGCUGACAAAGAAGCUCAGAACAAAUUUGGAAACACCCCUUUGUGCUGUGCAUCGCUCAGUGGAUGUAUGGACGUCGCUGACGUGUUGUUAAAAGAGGGCGCUAAUGUAAAUUACGUGAGUGGCUGCGGAAAUUCUCCAGUCGGCUGCGCCGCGUUGACGGGACAGCCUGACAUUGUCGAGGCGUUAGUUGCAGCCGGUGCUGAUUUGGAUUCCCUUGACGGUCAGGGGUGGACGCCGCUUACAAUCGCGGCAGAAUACGGAGAAGGAAAAGUGGUGGAGAUUUUGAUAAGGUCGGGAGCCGACAUUAAUCGCAAGAACCGAGAAGGGUACACGCCAGUGCAGCUGGCCGCAGUUUAUGAACACUCGAAUAUUGUUGACAUGCUAUUAAAAGCAGGGGCUUCCGCAGCCGACAUCGCUAACCUUGAAGACCUGCCGCUCGCCAAAAAGGUGACAGAGAAAAUGCACGACUUGGAGAUGUAG